AGAAGAAGAUAAAGAAAAGCUAAGGCAGAAGCGUUAUAAUCAUGAUGCUCAAGUCUUCGUGGAAGAAACUCAAGGGACUUACACUUUGUAAUCCUCGCUAUCAAAAUCACAGUAGUAAUAAUAAAAGAGUUCAUAAUCAUCCUCAUCAUCAAAGUCCUUCUGCAAAGUUAUUAGAUGAUUUUACUCAAGCUUCUAAGGAUAUGCAGGACAUGAAAAAAUGCAACGACACCAUACUUAAUGCUGCUGCUGCGGCUGAAAAUAGCGCAUUUGUAUUCACCGAGUCUCUGCGGGAAAUGGGUACUUGUCUACAUGAGCAAGGUGCAUUGAAUGAUGAUGAACAAAUUGGUAAUGUUCUACAGAUGCUGAGUAAAGUGCAAUUUGAACUUCAAGAACUUGUUGAUGGCUAUAGGGAAAAUGAAAAGUCGAGAUUUUUCAAGGGUGAAGCGGUUUCACCUCAGCAGUUGCAAUCAGCUUCCGAGGAAUACGAGCGGGAGGCUAUUUGUUAUGUUUUCCGGUUGAAAUCAUUGAAAGAAGUGCAAACCCAGAGUUUUGUAACCCAGGCAGUUCAGCACCAUGCUGCACAGAUUAAUCUCUUUAGCAAGGGACUAAAGUCCCUUGAGGCAAUCGACCCACAAGUAAUAUUGGCAGCUGAACAUCAAUAUAAUGAUUACAAAUCCAGUGACUUCGUCUUCGAGGAUAUCUAUGGGGAAAGGCGUGCAAGCUUGAGUAACACUGGCAAAAAUUUACGACGCACAUUGGCCUUCAAACUAAGGAAUCACGAGAAAGGUUUAAGGGAUGAUAAAAAUGAGAGCAACAUUAACAGAGCUUCCAACAAGUUACCUUCUCCUCCCCGAGAAUAG